AUGGCGUCUCUCGUGUGUCUGCUCCUCGUCCUCUCAGUUGGAGGUUUUGUGGAGGAGCUCAACGACUCGUUCUUGGAGACUCGUGAGAAAGACGAUAUUUGGCUCAUAAAGUUCUACGCCCCCUGGUGUUUGAUGUGUAAACAGUUGGACCCGGUCUGGACUCAGAUCGGGUCUGAGCUCCGGAGUCUCGGGUCCCCGGUCCAAGUGGGACGAGUGGACGCCACCAGCAACACAGUUUUUUCCAGAGAGUUCCGUGUUCGUGUUUAUCCGGCCAUCGUCCUGUGGAAGAAGGAGCAGAAGUUUAAUUACCAAGGCCCAAAGACCAAAGACUCAAUCCUGGACUUCACCGACAGAGUCUCAGGUCCUGUGGUCCGGACUCUGUCUUCGGGGCAGAUGGUCGUUCACGCUCUGAGGAGACACAAAGUCCUUUUCCUCUUCAUCGGAGCCACUUCAGAACUCAAGAGUAACUUCUCAGCUGUGGCUCAGGAUUUCAUCGUUCACACCAACUUCUACAGCACCUGUCGAGAGCACCUGCCACAGUGGGUUUCUGUGACGUCAUUUCCUGCUGUUCUCGUUUUUAAAGACGAAACGUUUCUGCGCUUCAACCCUGACGGGGGUCGUGACCUCAGGUCCUGGGUUCAAACUGAACGAUUCUCGACGUUUGAGAAACUCGACAGUUACAACCUGUACUCAAGAGGUGUUUCAGGUCGCUUGGUUCUUGUUGCUGUUUUGGGAAAUUCUCGUUCUGAAGAAAGUCUCAGGUCUGUACAAAUCGUGCCCCUCCUCCUCGUCUUGAAUCUGACCAAUGACAGUUGGUUUGAGCCGCCGGUCGCCGUGGAGACGGAGGAGGACCUGACUCGGUUCUUGGACUCGGUUUUGGCCGGGACACUGCAGGCUCAGGGCGGGAACAGCGCGGCUCAGCGAAUCAGACGAUUCGUUUAUGACGUCAGGACGAGUCUGAGGCCCGUGUUCAGGGAGGCUCCUCUUCUCGGGGUUUUGUUGGUGAUGAUUCCUGUUGGAGUUUUUCUGUCGCUGCUUUUCCUCUGCAUCAAGGUGAGGGAGGGCAUCUGA